AUGUAUCCAAUGUAUGUUCUUGGAAGUGAUAUCUCACCCUUCAAUGUUACGAGUGCAAUGAAGGUUCGCGUUAUUCGUGCAUACAAUGUAUCGGAGAGGACAGGAAGCAAUGCAAUCAGAUGCAAGGAAAUUGUGUUUCAUGAUUCUGAGGAAGGUUCAGUUUGGGCUGUUAAGAAUUUCUUGGUCAUCAACAACUUCUACACGUACAGGACAACCCCUCACAAGUACAUGAUCAAGUUCAAUUACCAGACUAUAGCUAAGCAAUUCAAAAGAAUUGAGUUUCCAAGUCAGAUGUUCCGUCUCACACCAUUUGAGGCUCUAAAAGUUGAAGGUGUUAAUGAUAAGCUGUUGGUUGAUGUAAUUGGAAAAGUGGCUGAAAUAUACUCACCUCAAGAAAAAAUGAUUUCUGGGAGAACAACUCGGCUUAUAGACUUUAUCAUUGAGGAUUUAAGUGGAAAUCAGAUUAGGUGUACUCUAUGGGAUGAUCAUGUUGGUAAGAUUGAGCCAUUUUUUAAUGCAAGUAGUCAUGAACCAAUGGUGGUGAUCUUGCAGUUCUGUCGAAUUAGGAGAGAUGCCACGAAUGGCGAGGUGAGGCUUUGCAGCUCAUAUGAUGUGACACAAGUCCUUAUUAACCAGCAAUCUAAAGAGUUUUUGGAGUUUAGGGAGAGUAUGGGGACUACUGGGUUGCAGCUAGGAUAG